AAUGAAGAUUGUAAAAAUAUCUGUGUACCAAGCAAACCUUCCCUUGGUUGAUGGUGAUUACUGCUGGGCUGAUGGUAAAUCUGUCAGUGUUUAUGACAGCACUGUUAUCGCUGUUUUCACAGACUCAGGCGUAGUGGGGUUUGGUGAGGUGGUUCCCCUGGGACCCAACUAUCUACCAUCUUAUGCUGCAGGAGUUAGAGCUGGGAUUAGAGAAUUGGGACCUAAACUAAUUGGCAUGGAUCCGACAAUGCUCAAGUUACUAAACUUCAAAAUGGAUUAUGAACUAAAAGGACAUCCUUACGUUAAAUCAGGAUUAGAUAUGGCCUGUUGGGAUAUUCUGGGCAAGGUAACAAGCUUGCCAGUAAAUACUUUACUCGGAGGAAAUAUGAAUCCAACUGGAGUUAUUAUGUACAGAGCCAUCAGUCAAGGAACCCCUGAGAGUAUGGCAAAUCUAGUACUAAAGUACAAAAACGAAGGGUAUACCAGGUUUCAACUAAAGCUUGGAGGAGAGCCUAGUGAAGAUAUUGAUAGAAUACGUACUUGCAGAAAUGUAAUGGAGUCAAAGGAUGUUUUGGUUGGUGACGCUAAUACUGGUUGGACUGCACAUGAGGCACUGCGAGUAGUUGCUGCAGUAAAAGACGUGGAUGUAUAUAUUGAGCAACCUUGUAAAACAUAUCAGGAAUGUUUGACAGUGCGACGGAAAACCAACCUUCCAUUUGUUUUGGACGAAUCUAUUGAUGAUAUUCACACUAUUCUGAAUCAGUUAAACGAUUGUUGUGCAGAUGUUGUAAACAUCAAGAUUAGUAAAUUUGGAGGUCUUACCAAAGCAAAACAAGCAAUUGAUCUCUGCUCAGAACUUGGAUUAGCUAUGACUGUAGAAGAUACCUGGGGAGGAGAUAUAACUACAGCAGCAAUAUUGCAUUUAGCACAUUGUGUUCCAAAGAAACUACAGUUCACUGCUACAGAUUUCAACAGUUACAACAAAGUGUGUACUGGUCACAUGACUGGUGUUGAGAUGAAGAAUGGCAGAAUGGGAGUUCCUCAAGGUGUUGGUUUAGGUGUCAUACCUAACUGGGAGGUUUUAGGAGAACCAGUUUUUCUUAUAGAGUAAAAUAUAUUACUAUAUUAAUAAAUAUUAUGCAUUGGA